CAAAACGACGUAGUUUUGUGAUGACUUUAUGCUGAGAUUCUAGAACCCUGCCCCUUAGCCUCAUCUCUCUCUUCCCUUUCCUCUUCUUGCUGCCUCCCAGUUUCUCAGCCGUGAGUCGUAGCCUCUCCGGCUCUCCGCCGCGAUUUGUUGCUUCACGUUUUGUUGGGAGAAGAAGUGAGAAAGUGGAUGAAAAAUAUUUUGCAUGUUCUAUUAUCUGAUUUUAUUAACCUUUUGUUACAAGUGUGAAUUGAAGAUCUCCUGUCUUAAAGUUAAAUUCCGAAGUCUAAACCCAGUAACUCCACUCGCUCACCUUUUCUGAUACAUCUUUCCAUCAAUUUCCCAAGACAAUCCUUCGCCACAAAACAAAGAAAAGAAAAAUGUUAGCCGCUAAAACGCUAGUAAAAGUCCCACAAAAUCUCUCGUUUCUUUCAUCGGAUUCAAAAUCCCUCAAAUUCCGAAACUCCAAAAGCCCUAAUUUGGCCUAUCCAUCUUCCCCAAAGUCUAUUCGUCAAAAACCAAUCGCUGCCACUCUCUCUGUCGCAAACUCAGUCCAACAACAUGGAAACUCAGCCACCCCAGGUCAGCUUCGAGUAGAUAUUCUCUCCGAGUCGCUCCCCUUCAUCCAAAAAUUUAGGGGCAAGACCAUCGUUGUCAAGUACGGUGGUGCUGCCAUGAAAUCGGAGUCACUCCAGGCCUCGGUCGUCAACGACCUUGUCCUAUUGUCGUGUGUGGGACUCCGGCCUGUCCUGGUCCACGGCGGUGGGCCUGAGAUCAACCUCUGGCUCAAACGGCUCAACAUUGAGGUCAACUUCCAUGAUGGCCUUCGAGUCACCGACGAUAAGACAAUGGAGAUAGUUUCUAUGGUCUUGGCUGGAAAAGUGAACAAGAAUCUAGUCUCUCUGAUCAACCAGGCUGGGGUCAAGGCCAUUGGGCUUUGCGGCACUGAUGGGCGGGUUGUCACGGCUAGGCCUGCUGCCAACGCGGCUAAAUUGGGAUUUGUUGGGGAGGUGGCCCGGGUUGACCCGACCAUACUCUGGUCUAUUGUCAACGACGGUCACAUUCCAGUGAUUGCCUCAGUGGCUGCUGAUGAGUUCGGGCAGCAGUACAAUAUCAAUGCUGACACGGUGGCUGGAGAAUUGGCAGCGGCAUUGGGUGCUGAGAAGCUGAUUUUGUUGACCGACGUGGCUGGAAUUCUAGAAGACCGGAACGAUCCAAGUAGCUUAGUGAAGGAGGUUGACAUAAGAAAGGUGAAGAAGAUGAUGGAAGAGGGGAAGAUUGGUGGUGGAAUGAUUCCGAAGGUGAAUUGCUGCGUCCGGUCCCUGGCACAGGGAGUCCGGACGGCGAGUAUCAUUGAUGGCAGAGUGCCACACUCGCUGCUGCUCGAGAUUUUAACUGAUGAAGGGGCUGGUACAAUGAUCACCGGGUAAUGAUGCAAAAUUUUGUUGAGAAUGGUUUAGUAAUGAUUCAGAAGAAAAAGAAAAGGAAGAAGAGUUUGAGUAGGCUGACUAAAAAUUAUGCAAACUCUCUUCUGGUUUGGGUGAAAUUUUGUUAGAGCAAUGAUAUGUGCACACCAAUGUUUUGGUAUUACAUUUCUACCUUCUAUCUCUAAAACUCUGAUUCAAGAUUUUGGUAACUUUGAUAUGUUCUUAGCAUUGUC